AUGUUUCUCUUAUCCUUGUUUUUCCUAUUAUUUUCACCAACUUUUCAAAAUAUCUAUGAAGAAAAAGCGAAUGAAGCAAUCAGAAAAUAUCAAGAAGGAUUGAUGGCAAAAAAUUCAACAAUUUUGUCCGAAGUUCUUUCCGAUGAUUUUAUCAUUGAUAAUUGUGGAAGAAUAAUGAAUCAUACGGAUAUUAUGGAUAAACUUGGAAUUCGUUAUGAAAAAGUUGAAGCUGUAAAAAUUACAAAUUUGAUUUUUACAAUUGAAAAAAAGGAGUUCAAAGUGGUAUUUAAUUCUUCAAAAUCAAGAGAAAUAGAAGGAGAAGUUCUUUUUCAAGCAGAAUGGGCUGAAAACGAACAAAAAUUCAUGUUAUUAUCUGAAAAUCAGACAAAUUGCUCAAUUACUCCAUUGAUUAGUUUAUCUGUUAAUGAAUAUGAAUUAAUGAAUGAAGUAAGAAGAGUUAUGCUAUAUGAUUUUAAUAGAGCAUAUCGAGAUAAAGACAGAAAUACUAUGAUGAAACAUGUUGUUCCAUAUUUCACUUAUACAAAUUGUUUCAAUCAGACUUUGAAUAUUGACAAGAUUUUUAAAUAUAUCAGCCAAUUCGAACCUUGGAUUAAAGUGGAAAAUAAUUUUUUGGAUGAAUAUCGAUUAGAUUCAUUAUUCUCUUUCAAAAGAAAUGAUUUUGAAUCGAUAAUUGAAUAUACAACACAAUUCAAUAAAACACUUGGAAAAUAUCAGAUGACUCAUGCACGGCCUGUUGAAUGUCCAAAAAAUCUGGAAAAGAUUAGAUAUUUUAUGGUUGAUGAAGAAGAGGAAUCACAUCGAAUUUUGAAAAGACUUAUGGAGAAUUAUAAUAAAUCGAUUGUUAUGAAAGAUGAGAAACUUUUUGACUCACUUUUUGAGAAUCGAUUCAGUAUUAUUCAUUUUAAUGAAACACAAGAAACAAUCUGGCGAAAUCAAUUAUUCAAAGAUGUUAUUUCUGAUUCGAGAAAUUGGUUUGAUGGAAAGAACAGUUUGAAAAUAUGGUUUGAAUCGAGAAAUUUCGAAAUUGGAAAAGGCAAAAUUGAAUUUGAUAUUAGGAAUAAUAAAUGCUCGGAAAAACGACUUGAAGCUAAAUUUAUUCAAGGAGUUUGGAAAAUUGUUAGCGAAGAGAGAACUCAUUGUGGGAAAUGCUAA